AAGAUACGGAGCUGGAGACGCGUCAGAAAGUGGGGAAGAUCCCUACCUUUCAGUGACUGCUAGGUCUGUAGAUCAGCACCGGGAUGGCGACAUCCAGACCUAGACCGCCUUUGGGUGGGGAGCGCGGUGGAGGCUGGAGCAUAGGCUAGCAAUACCUGGCGUCAGUGGGGCCCUGGUCCUAUGGACCAGGUGUGCUGGUGUCUUCUGGAGAUCGGGUGCCCAUCCCUUGAGAUCUUGUUUGUCGUCCUCAUUGCCCCUGAGGACAAUGUUCAGUGCCAGGCUCCCCUUGUAAAUUCUGAAGGUGAGAGAUGCCGCGAAGUUUCCAGAGAUAUGGACCCUGCGGAAAUACUGGUGAAACAGAGGAGGAAUGAUUGUGAAUAGUGUCUCUCUGUGCUACCACAACAAAUUCAUCUUAGCCCCUAUGGUUCGGGUUGGCACUCUCCCAAUGCGGCUGCUGGCCCUGGAUUUUGGAGCUGACAUUGUUUACUGUGAGUUUUCGGCGGACACAACAUCUUGUUUUUUCGUAUGUGGUGCUGAGGAUCGAAUCCAGGCCGCACACAUGCCAGAGGUGCUCAGAACAGUGGAUUUUGUGGCCCCUGAUGACCAAGUCAUCUUCUGCACCUAUGAAAGAGAACAGAGCAGGGUGGUCUUCCAGAUGAAUCUCACCAAGUCGCUGAGGCCAUCUUUGAACGUGUGUUCCUCCUGGCUUUCCCUCCUGAGCUACUGGAGUAUAGGUAUGCACCACUGUGCCUGGCAAUCUGUGGGAGGAAUGGGAGCUGCUUUGCUGUCAGAUCCUGACAAGAUUGAGAAGAUCCUCAGCACCCUUGUGAAAGGGACGCGCAGACCUGUGACCUGCAAGAUCCGUAUUCUGCCUUCACUAGAAGAUACCUUGAGCCUUGUGAAGCGGAUAGAAAGGACUGGCAUUGCUGCCAUCACAGUUCAUGGGAGGAAGCGGGAGGAGCGACCUCAGCACCCUGUCAGCUGUGAAGUCAUCAAAGCCAUUGCUGAAACCCUCUCCAUUCCUGUCAUAGCCAAUGGAGGAUCUCAUGAACACAUCCAGCAGCAUUUGGACAUAGAGGAAUUUCGACAAGCCACAGCUGCCUCUUCAGUGAUGGUAGCCCGAGCGGCCAUGUGGAACCCAUCCAUCUUCCUCAAAGAGGGUCUGCGGCCCCUGGAGGAGGUCAUGCAGAAGUACAUAAGAUAUGCGGUGCAGUAUGACAACCACUACACCAAUACCAAGUACUGCUUGUGCCAGAUGCUGCGGGAACAGUUGGAGUCACCCCAGGGAAGGUUGCUCCAUGCUGCCCAGUCUUCUCAGGAAAUUUGUGAUGCCUUUGGCCUUGGUGCCUUCUAUGAGGAGACUACUCAGAAGAUGGAUGCCCGGAGGGCUGAGCUCUUGGCCAAGACUGCAGAGAAGGUGGGGGAACCAAUUGAAGAUACCUCUGGUGUCAUUAAAAUGGCUGUCAAGUUUGAUAGGAGAGCUUAUCCACCCCAGAUCACCCCCAAGAUGUGCCUGCUGGAAUGGUGCCGGAGAGAGAAGUUGGCACAGCCUGUUUAUGAGACGGUUCAAGGACCGCUAGAUCGCAUGUUUUGCUCCGUUGUCACUGUUGCAGAGCAAAAGUACCAGUCCACCUUGUGGGACAAGUCCAAGAAAUUGGCGGAACAGACUGCAGCCAUCGUCUGUCUGCGGAGCCAGGGCCUCCCUGAGGGUCGGCUUGGUGAGGAGAGCCUUUCAUUGUACAAACGCAAGCGGGAGGCUCUUGACCAAGACUCUGGAGGCCCCAGAACUCAGGAGCCAGCCCUGCCUAAGGAGCUAUGCAAGAAGCCCUUUGUGACAUUGGGAAGUGGUGAAAAGAGAACCCUGGAAGGUUGGUGACUACUGUCCCUGCCAUGGUAACCCUCUCCAUGGGUGUGGCACUGAGGUGGCCUUGAUACUGGAGCAUGAACCAAAUGCCACUUGUUCAGUUUGCUGGCCCUGCCUGGCAAGAGUGUAGGAGGUCCAGGACUAGGUCAUCAGUCUAGAACACAGGCCAAGGAGUGCCCAGGUGUGAAUCGCAUUUCUUCUGACUGGCAGGGCCAAGUUCCUAGUGAUUUGAGUAUUGUCUUUGAAAACAGGAGCUUUUCAGGUGGUUUAUCCCUAAUUUGACAUUGGUACAGUGCAAUAAAGACACCUUCCUACUGUUACCCAUGGCUGACUGCUUCAGCCCUGGGCAUCUUCACACAUA